AUGUCGGAUUUAGUUUGGAUGCUCUGCCUUUUAUUGGUUUACAUCUGUAAAGCAGAUGGCGCCUGUGAAUUCCCCUCUGACCUCCGGGGAGAGUGGUAUACAACGAGCAAUGGUCUUGUGACGUUCAACAACCAAAGCGUCACCAACUUUAAGAGCUCAAUCCACUCCUCAGCCCAAACUUUCAACUGUGAAUACACUGAUAAUGGCCGAUAUAUCACAAGAGCCCGGAUUCCAAUUCUCAGCACCAGUCUAUAUGACGUUUAUUUCUGUAUGUCGUUCACGAAAAUCACAGAAACCAAAUACCUAGUCCAGUAUAACGCCGACAUUGCUGGGUUUGUGAAGGAGCGGGUGGUCGGAAGGACGGUCUUGGCGUCUAGCACUACGCUCCUCCCCGCGGCAGAGGCCUGUAACGUAACAACAGCCAUACCCACAGGCUCCCACGAACUGUACGUCAAGAAAGGUUACGAGGCGUCAAAUACGAUAACCUGUCCUGACAGUGUAGUCAGCACCCUUGACAUGACCUUGAACUCUGACUGCACCGGAAACGUAUUGUAUGGAAUGUCGUACCCGACCUACCUGAUACACAGUUACAACACCUCAUGUAUUACAACUGAAAAGACAUUUACCACCAGUGGCAACCUGAGCUGUAUGUACUAUGUGGUGUCUGGAUCCGCCACUUUCCUGACUGUAUAUAAUCAGGACUCCACAACGGAUGAAACCACCACCUACAGAUUCCUGUGUUACUCCAUCACCAGCAAUAGCGACCAGGUGCACUUGACUUACCACCCCAAGAUCUGCCAGCACAACCAAACAUCUACGUAUGUGACGUCACCAGGUGUGGUAGCCUACCUGGUGGACCGAUAUAAAGAUGCAGCCCCGUCUGACGACAGUAUCCUGGUUGCAGUAUUAGUAGGAACACUGGUGCCCUUACUGCUUCUCCUUGGCAUGAUCUUUGUUCUCGUUUAUUGGAAAAUUAAGAUUAGACAGCGAAUAAACCAUGAAUUAGAACUGACGGCUAGAAGAAAUUGGAAGAAACUGGCGCAGAACUUUACUGUAGCAAGCAAACAUAAAAUGGAGACGGUAGAGGAAUACGCUAAUCACGCCAAGCUUGUCAAGAAGAAGAAGAAAAAGAAAAAGGAACGCGACCAGACGGACGAAAAUAUCUCCGUCAUCUCUCACACUGAUUCCAGAAGACGUUCGGUGUGGUGGGAUGACUUCAGUAACUCAAUAGAGGAACAUCAAGAACCUCCAGUUUGGCAAAAACGUUGGGAAAUGUUUAACGACCCACUCAACAAAGAAGUAGUGGACGAUGGAAGAAGGUCUCCGGGUACGGCGCGUAGUGUCACGAGUGUCCGAAAUAUCUGGAUGAAGCCAGAGAGUCACGAACAGGCGGAAGUAGACUCGGUGUGGGAGAAAGUUGCCGUUCAGUUAACCAACCUUCGGAAACCAGCCAAACCGGGUGAAAAUCAGCAACACAGAUAAUGACGUUACAAGAUAGGGCGUAUCAAUGGAUAUAUUUGUGUAACAUUAAUGCUGUCGAUUGAUCCUAAUCAUUGAAUGCAUUACCGUCUUGUUUCAGUACCUUGGUUUCAUAGUUAACUAACCAGCAGGGCUGACAGAACAAUUUUCUGCAAAAUCUGCAAAACUUAAGACCACCCUGGAUUCAAAGGUGAUGGUAUGCACAAGCUUUAAUUAACACUACAUGAGGAUAUUUACGUAUGCAUUUAUUGCACGUACUGCUCUUUAUAGUCCUUAAGAAGAGUUCUAAGAGAUACUUUAUGUGUAUUCCAAAUCUGAAAAGCCCUCCAUUCAGACCCCUAUUUUGGGCUCCUAUGGCGGGGAGGAGAACGAGUAUGUGUUGUGGUAUAUAUAUAGAAGGACGUUUUCACGCACGUCUUUUGAAUAAUUUUUGGAACAUUGGUUCUUGUGAAGAAUAGUUUUAACACCUUA